GUACUGCAUCAUUCACAGUACUUAGUGCAACGUGCGAUCAUCUGCGCAGCAGCUCAGGACAGAGCCCAACCCGGUACUGCCGACGGCCAAAACAAAAUUUAAAAAAUCGGAAAUUCAACAUCCUCAAAGAUGAAGCUCCUAAUUGUGUCUUUUGCCCUGUUCGUUUUGGCUGUGGCACUCGUGUCCGCUCUGCCCGCCGUCAACGAUGAGUCAAUUCUCGGUGGCGACGUGUACGAGGCGGAAGUAGACAGCUUCAACCCACAAGACCCACAAGCCUUCCUGAAGCUGAAGAAGUUGAAGAAACUGCUCUUCCUGGGUUAGAUCACGUACCGCGGCACUGCCGUUGUGUGCGGAAUGAGCUGGUGAUGGAAAGAUCGGUCUAUCGCCAGUGCCUUCUUCACAAAGCCAUACAUUCAAAUCCCGCCAGCAGAAUUGCACCGCAAAACAUUCCAUUCUACGUCCAUUCUACGCUUGUAUGCUGGUGUGCAUGCAUUGUGGCAUACUAUCCAUUUCAUUGCAAGAUCAUCGUGAAGGGUCAGAUCUAGAGUCAGUUUUACUAUUUUGUAUACAAUUGCACCCACCUGUACGAGAAACGAAUUAUUUUUUAAAUAUAAUUGUACUUUUUUGUUGAUAGCGA